AUGCCGCUGCUAACUGGAGACGAGCCCUCUUCUUGGAGAAAAUCGGGCAUUUCAUCUUCUUUUAUGGUUUCAAAACGAUUCUCGAAUUUUGGAGGUGGCGGCACAAAGCUUUGCUUGCUCAAAGUUGUCUGCAUGGGUUGGAAAACAGAGGAGGAAGAAGAGCCUAUUGAAGGAAAACUCGAUCUCGGUGGCUUUUUCUUGGACGAAAAUGGGAGGUGUUGCAGGGAGAGUAGUGGGGUCCACAUUCAUCUCGUGCUCAUUUUCGAUUGUGCACUUCUGGAAGCUUCUGUCGAGCAUGCUCUUUUCGGCCAUGUCCAAUUCAUCUUCCUCGGGCAGCCUGAUUUCUUGCAGUUGCAUCCUCUUUUGUGUCGGGCUGAAGCAGGAGUCUUGCUGGGGUCGUCCUGCAACUACAAUAUUUCAAAAGAAAAUUAA